UGAGUCUUCAGAGCACACUCAAUAAUUCAAGAUUCAGACAUUCAUACUUAUCUUGAGUAUAUUGGGAGUGGUUGGGGUCGUGUCCAAACUUUUUUAGGAAAUUUUGGUGUUGUCCACACUAUUACUAAUAAUUCCAACCAAAAAAACCUUAGAUAUUUGACAAACUCAGGUGUCUCUUUCUGCAAUUAGAUGAAGUGUUUUCCCAAAAGAUGCUGUUGACAAAAAGACACGCGAAAAAAGUUGAGGGUGCGAAGAAGAUUCAAUAAUAGUGGGCUUAUCUGUGAGCAAGCAAUCAGCAAGUUGCACAUCACAUUCAAAGCUCAUGGCUCAUAUAUGUAUAAAAUCUUAUGAUUCACACUUGAAAAUCUGUGUAUAUUUCGAUGGCUGGUUUGUUGAGUGUGACAGCGCUUACUCUGCUGAUGCUUCUAGGCUCAGAUGCUUUUACUACAUCGAAGGUGGAGAAGGCAGUGCAACUGCAGUUCACAUACUCGGGAGCAAUGGGGCCGGACAAGUGGGCCAGUUUGAAUCCCAACUUCUCCCUCUGCGCCACUGGCAAACUGCAGUCGCCGAUCAACAUUGUUUCGGACCGAGCUGUCCGAAGCACCAAGUUGAAGGCCCUCGUCAGAGAUUACCGCGCAGUGAAUGUGACUUUGGUCGAUAAUAAGUUCACCGUUGCUAUUGAGUACCCUGAUGAUACGGGAGGGAUAAGUGUAGACGAGAAGCAGUACGCGUUGAAGCAGAUGCACUGGCACUCGCCUUCUGAGCACAGAAUCAAUGGAAAGAGGUUUGCCGCAGAGCUCCACAUGGUGCACGUAUCCGAGGAUGCCAAAGUGGUGGUAGUAGCCACCCUUUACCAACUUGGACACCCUGAUCCACUUCUUCAAACGAUAUACAAGAAAUUGAAUGAACUGGCGAGUGAGUACAAGAGCAGCGAGGCCACAGCCCCAAUACAAGUGGGAGUUUUGGAAGCGGCAGAGUUGAGGACAACUCCUAGCAAGUAUUACAGAUACGUAGGCUCCUCCAGUGUUCCUCCUUGCGCGGAGCAUCUCGUCUAUAUCGUCCUGGCCCAGGCGACAUCUAUAUCGAAACAACAAGUGGCAGCUCUCAAGGCUCCUCUCGACAUCCGAUGCAAGUACAACGCCAGGCCUUGUCAGCCACUCAACGGACGACACGUCCACCUAUACCACCAUUAAACACUGCUUAAUUACUGUGUGUCUGUGUGCCACAAUGUUGCUAGUAAAUAGCCAGGUUAUGAUUCAUGACUUAUCAACUUUCUAUGUAAUCAACUUGUCGCUACAUUUAUAUUAGCUUCCACCUAUCUUGAAAUAAGUAGUAUUAUUUUAAUA